GCACCCAUCGAGUGUUUCGUGCUCCAGUCAUGGACCUCCACGGAUCACCUAUUUUCUGGAUUCGCCGUCCAUUCACCUGGAUAAACUCAUGCAUAUUCAUUCAACAAUUAAACAACCUUCACGAGUAUACACCGGAAGGAGAACCUGUUCUAGAUAUCUUCGCAGAAGUCCAAUAUUCAUUCACCCAAUUCACAAAGAUUGAUGAGGGGCUCUGGGCAUGGCACUUUAACAUGCUUGAUUCAACAGGGCAUUCCGCAGCUUUGAAAGAGAGAUUUUCACUGAUACAGGUUCUGAACAUGCCAUGUCCUGAGAUGCCAAUCUUAGCAUUCGAUGUUGCAUCAAUGUACAUGGAUCAAGAUCCGCAAAUCAUCCACUUCCUGCUCUUGAUCAAAACCAUUGCCCUCUUCAAUGCAGAUCAAGAUGACAAGGCCAAUCUGCUCCUCAAAGAACUCGCUGCUGGUUGUCCGGAUGCCGAUGCUCUCACGUGUGAUGUCGUGCAACUCUUUGGCUGGGAUCUCAAAUCAUUGUGGGUCACUGCACACCAGAAACAUUGUCAUGCACUCCUUCGGGCAGGUAAACUUCAAGAUGCCGCUAAAUCAUACUGA